AGUCUUUAAGAAAUGGCUUCCUCUACUUAUUCCUCCACAGAGGAGACAACAAACGCCAACAGAGCAUGUCGUCUACUUUUGGGUCCAUGUACAGACGAACUACGGGAUGUUCUUCGUCAUUGUGUACCACCACCAACAUUUACCCACGUGCUCAGACAACAUAUAAUAAAUUUGCCGCGUUUGUCUGUUGCACAAAGAACCCUAAUUUUCCCUAUACAUGGAUAUUAUACGGGAAAUUACAAUGACAUGGAUAUAACGCUGUUGUAUACCCUAUUACAAAACAUAUGUAGCAUACCGCCCCACUCAAAAGGCUGGGGCAAUGAUCCUGACCCGUAUGACGUAUCAGUGUCUGCCAGUAUCGAGAGAAUUCGAAUUGGUCGUAACGACUGCGUACACUCUCCGAGUCCUUCCCUUUCUAAUACUGAUUUCAAUCGAAUCUGGUCAAGUGUCAGGUCAGCUAUCGUGGUUUUGGAUUCUUUUCUUGGAAACAACAAUCGAUAUGAAAACGAGGUUGACUUCCUACGUCAAGAGACAAUGGAUCCUAUAAAUGAUCGUAAUAACAGAGAGGAACUACUAAGACAGACAGCAGAGGAUCAAACAACGCGGGACAUGGUCGUUAAUCUGGAAAAUGACAUGUCAGAACUGAAGAAAACUGCCAUUCCUGAAAAUGUUAGAGUUAUUCUUGACAAUAAAAUCAAAAGAUGGCGGGAGAAUGACAAGUUAUACGUUGAGACUCGUAGCUUUUCUUCAAUGAUGGAAAAAGUACGAGAAGAGUCCUACAUAACGUUUGUUGGUGUCCCAGGUUCUGGAAAGUCGGGCACGGCCUGCCAUAUAGCUCUGAAGCUUCAUGAAGAAGAAGACUAUCAAAUCGUACCGGUUACAGAGCUGAGAGACAUGGUUCAGUAUUGCGACCCCCACAACGCACAGGUGUUUAUCAUUGACGAUGUGAUAGGUGUGCUUGGAGUACAAAAUGAAAAACUUAAUCUUCUGGUAGAUUACAAAGAGAAAAUUGAGAAUCCUAUGAUGAAGAAAUCAAAAACUCUCAUGACAUGUCGCAAAACUGUGUACAAUGAAGUUGUCAGUCGUACAUGUGUUUCGUUUCUGAGAAAGGAAAAUAAUGUGAUCGACCUUCAACAUUCUGAUCACUUGCUCUCGAAUGAAGACAAGAAAAAUCUGUUUCAGAAGUAUGGACUGAACAUAUUCACAGAAAUACUUACAUAUGAGUGGCUCAAAAAUACAUCUCAAAUGUUUCCACUUUUGUGCAGACUUUAUUCGAAAGGUGAUACAUUUCGGAAGAAUGGUGUAGACUUUUUCUUCUUUCCAUUUCGAUGCAUUCUCGAGGAAUUGGACAAAAUGCAGAGCGAAAAUAAACUUCAUUAUGCAACAUUAAUAUUAUGUAUGUUUAACAAUAAAAUACUUUCACGGGACAUUUUUAAAAAGAAUGAUGUCAUUUUCAGUGAAAUUAAAAGAAACGUUUUGGAGAAUUGCGAAGUAGAGAGUUGUACCGAUACAUUUAAAUUUUUCAAAGCACUGGCAGCAUUGGAUGGAACAUAUACCUGUACCAUACGAAAUGGUGACGAGUUUACAUUUUUUCAUGAUCGUUUAUAUGAACUAACUGCCUGCCACUACGGCAAGAAAUUUCCGAAUGAAAUAGUAAAGUUCAUGAGCAGUGAUUUCAUUGCUAAUUUUGUUAAAACGAUACAACAAACACAAGUCAGAGAAAGUCAUGAGCAUGCAAGUGGAGUUUCGAAUGAAGAUCUUUCUAUAAUUUUACCCUGUGAACUGUACCCAAUGCUAGCCGAAAGGUUAUAUCGAGAUGUGGAGGUGAUGAAGCUCUAUGAUGUUUUUAUGAACGGCCACUUAAAUCACCCUGAUGUAUGUAAAGCCUUCAUUGAAGUCUUGAGAGAAAAGCCUUAUGAGGAGAUAAAUGCCUUGUUUCUGUCGAUUCAGCAAGACGUAAGUGAAAUUUUCCGUAAAGGAAGAAGUAUGAUUAAGGAAAGGAUAAAUGAUGAAAAAUAAGAGAGAAGGCGACAAACACUUUUAGUUGACGAGGGCACAACUCCUAAUGUUCGAGUAAUCAGCUGGGUGAUAUUCUAUGGUCAUCACCAAAUAUUGCAGUAUAUUGAAAAAAAGGCUAAGCUGAGAAACGAAAUACAGCUAAAUUUCUUCAAACAUAGGUGUACCUGUUCAGAGAAACGUCAAGGAAAAAGCUACACUGACAAAUCCGUUUGUUGUCAAGGAUUAUUCAGAGAGCAAAAUAGGAUGCUGGUACUCGGCUGUUAUAGUGGGAAUUUAGAAUCUGUUAAAACUUUGUUAGAGCAUGUAAGGAAAGAGAGCUUAGAUGUUUCACCUGAUUACAUACAUUUUCCCGAUGGAAUGGACACACCUUUAACGGCUGCCUGUUCGGGUAUACACACCGAUGUGGUAAAAGAGUUACUCAAAUUUGGGGCUAAUGUGAAUAAAAUGAAUAGCAUGGGUGAUACACCAAUAGUAAC